AUAAAAACCUGCCACGUAUCAUCUUCGGUUUAAUUUGCAGUCCGCGGAAAAAAAAAGGAGACUGGAAAAAAAAAGUCACAGUCUGUCUGUCUGUCUCUCUCCUCUAAUCUUUUUUAUCCGCUAGGGUUUUGAAGCAAGGUUUCUCGCGAUUUUCUCGAUAUCUCUCGCCCAUGGCGAAACCAAGUCGUGGCCGUCGUUCCCCCUCCGUGUCUGGCUCGUCAUCUCGUUCCAGUUCCAGAUCUCGUUCGGGUUCGAGCCCCUCCAGGUCUAUUUCCCGCUCACGCUCCCGUUCUAGAUCGCUCUCUUCAUCUUCAUCUCCUUCGCGAAGCGUCAGUUCUGGGAGUCGCAGUCCUCCACGUCGUGGAAAAAGUCCUGCUGGACCUGCUAGGCGAGGUCGCUCUCCUCCUCCUCCACCAUCUAAAGGAGCAUCUUCACCUUCCAAGAAAGCUGUUCAAGAAUCUCUUGUUCUCCAUGUUGAUUCUCUUAGCAGGAAUGUGAAUGAAGCCCAUCUCAAAGAAAUCUUUGGCAACUUUGGUGAAGUUAUACAUGUCGAAAUUGCGAUGGAUCGAGCUGUUAAUCUUCCAAGAGGACAUGGUUAUGUUGAGUUCAAGGCAAGAGCUGAUGCUGAGAAAGCUCAGCUCUACAUGGAUGGUGCCCAAAUUGAUGGAAAGGUUGUUAAAGCAACGUUCACACUACCACCUCGUCAGAAAGUAUCUUCACCCCCUAAACCUGUCUCAGCUGCACCAAAAAGAGAUGCUCCAAAAUCUGAUAAUGCUGCUGCUGACGCUGAGAAAGAUGGUGGUCCCAGGCGCCCAAGAGAGACAUCUCCUCAACGGAAAACAGGGCUUUCUCCGAGAAGGCGAUCACCUCUACCUAGGAGAGGCUUAUCACCUAGAAGGCGAUCACCUGAUUCUCCCCAUCGCCGGAGGCCGGGCUCUCCUAUCCGCCGUCGCGGUGAUACACCUCCUAGACGUAGGCCAGCAUCACCAUCUAGAGGCCGUUCUCCAUCUUCUCCCCCUCCAAGACGAUAUAGAUCUCCUCCAAGGGGCUCCCCUAGAAGAAUUCGUGGCAGUCCUGUUCGAAGAAGGUCUCCUCUUCCUCUAAGACGAAGGUCUCCACCUCCAAGGAGACUACGCAGUCCUCCCAGAAGAUCUCCAAUCCGUAGGCGUAGCCGAUCCCCAAUUCGUAGGCCUGGUCGCUCUCGUUCAAGUUCCAUCUCACCCCGCAAGGGACGAGGUCCAGCUGGGAGACGUGGGAGGUCAUCUUCUUACUCUAGUUCACCAAGUCCCAGAAGGAUUCCUAGGAAGAUUUCAAGGAGCCGCAGUCCUAAGAGGUAAACACUUUCUGUCUUAACACUAAUCCUCGUCUUAAACUGGAAACACUUUAUAGUCUGUAGAAUGCAUUAAUUGAAGAAGUUCCAAUGUUAAGUUAUGUAUAGUAAAGUUAAGGGUUACCCCAAUUCCUGAUAAAAGACAUAGCAUAAACAUCUGGGACCUAUACUUUCUUGGUGAGUUUGGUGAUGAAACAGAGAAAAAUAGAAUUGUUGUGUAGAAAUUUUUUGCGUUGAAGUCUAAUAAAAGAAAAUGGGUUGUUGUUGGGUAUGUUUAGGCCACUGAGAGGAAAAAGAAGCAGCAGUAACAGCAGCAGCAGCAGUUCACCGCCACCACCACCUCCACCUCGUAAAACUUAAAGGUGAUAAAAAUUAAAAAAAAAAAAAAAAAAACUUGAGUCUUGAUGUAGCUCUCUUUCUCCAUCUUUAUCGUUAUCAUCUGUCUCAGCCUCUUUUCUUAGAACAGAUAAAAUGUUUACCAGUGACCAAAUGAGAGUUGUGGUUUUUGUAGUGUUUGGAUGUUUAAUCUUCUUUUGUGGAUCUCCUCAUUAGAUGCAACGAUAAUGACUUGGUUCUUUUAGCUGGUUGUAAUUCCCUAAUAUAUUCAGUCUUGUUGAAGAAUGGCUGGCUCCUUCACCCUUUUCUUAUUAUUUUAGUUAAAAGAGA